AUGAUGCAGGAGGGAAUUCGGUCCAAGGAAGAUUAUCUGAUGGAGGGUGCUGGCAACUCUCCAUUGGAUAUUCUCCUCAGCCCUCCGGAUGAGGAUCACGAAAAAUACUCCAUGGGCAACGAAUCCGAACUGGAGACUCCCUUCUCAGUUCGGUCCAUCUCGAGUGAUUCGAUGCCUUCCCUUACGCACGAUUUGAACUCCCCACCUAGUUUCCAGCUCCCGUUGACCCCCGGCAGCCAAAGAAGCCCGGCUGAGCGGCGCCAGCUCCGAUACUCCCCUUCCGAGGACUGCGCCUAUGAUCACCCUCUUUUGGAGGCGGACAUCGAGGAAGGCGAGCUUCUCGAUCUACAAGACUACGAAGAGCCGGUGACGCAGGACGUCCCCACGAAGCCGCAGGUCGUAGUGCGAUCGUUCCCUCGGUUAAGAUCAUCCUUCAAAUCCAAUCUCACUGCAUCCCUACGGGCCAUCAAGUCCGCUGCUCAGUCGGUUUCCACCUUCGCGACACCCUCUGUGCAGCCUGAGGAUUUCCUGACCCGGUCGUUGUUCACCAUCACCCCGGAGUUGACCGACGAUCGUCGACCCCCACCCAUGCAUACCCCACCUUCCCCAGCGCUGCGACGUUAUCUCAAUCCAACUCCCAUGUCUCCGGCGGAUAUGUGUGUUUAUCACGAUCAUCCUCACGAGACUGCCGAGUCUGCGCGUGCCUGUCCGGUCUCCAUCCAAAUGCAAACCUAUCGUCGCUCCCGUGGCCGUGGCCACCGACGCAACAAUUUUCAUGUUAUCAGUCCCAGGAAUCGUGACCACUACUAUACAUCUGACCCGGAACUUCCACCAAUGUCGCGUCAACGGGAACCUCGCGAAAAUAGCGACUUCCUCCGCAUGGUCGUUCUGGAGAUGAACAUGCGCCGCAGUGGCAAACUCCGCGAAGACAUCCCCCACGGGCUCGCAUCAUGCUUGCACCGCGCAAGAGCAAUCCUUAUCGCGUGUCGGGUGACUAUGAAGAUGGCGAUGACAAUGAUACCGUACCCUCCCGAUGGAUAG